CUCUGUAAGUAUGUGUGUUGUAUCCGCAAUGAUUCGCACUCAUUCAUUGUCGGAUGUGGAGCAUUUGAAAAGUAGCGAUGUCAGUUGGGGUUUCGUCGUUAAACUAGUUAAACGCGUUUUGUCUUACGGAUUCUCUAGUAAACACAGAGCCAUUCGCAUUCGUAUUCGCAUUCGCCGGUUGUGAGUAGAAUUCGAUUCUUUUGUGGACUUCAUCCCCGAAACGACACUUCAAGCAGCGCAUAUCCAUGUUUCCCCUAGUGCGAGAACUCUAAAGAAAGACAAAAUUCGCCAAAGCAAGAAAACAGAAAGAGUGAAAUCAUAUAUAAACGUGCCCGGAGUUUGGGGUAGAAAUGAGAAUUUGCCUUCUCAAACUCGGAAAGUGUUCAAUCAAGUAAGAAAAUGCAAAUGCGACUGCACAUACACCUACCAACUCGUAUCGCCCUAUGUAGCAACGCAUACAUUUAUGUGUCAAACUUUUGGCGAACGCAAUAAACUAAGUUCAUGGGAAUCAUAAGGAAGACCGGCCAAAACAGUUGUAAUUCAGUCACGCCAAGCGUCAGACCUUCGAACAGUUGAGUCUCCAACAAUUUGAAUAUCGAAGAUUGUCUGCUGAAGCACAUCUUCAUCGCUGUUGACAUCCUGACACUCCAAUAAAACUACACGAAAACGCAGUAAGAAAAUAACAUACCGAGUGUGCGAGCAGGAACUCGAACUACAUAGGAUUGCAUUGCAUUACACUAAUCAAGUACCGCACUGCAUAAGUAUAUGUGUCAUCAGCUCCACGAGCAUUUCACAGUUUAACCGUUCAAAGGCGAUAAUGUGACUCCAAUAUAUGCGUCUAAGACACGAAACAUCUGAUUACACGGCAAGCGCGUGAAAUCUCGAGCCAGUUAGUUGAUAACAACAACAACGAUUCAUAAUCAUUAGUAAACAUUAUUGGAAAGCUUAGCCAGCGACGUCGAGAAUCGAGCGUCGAGCAUCGAGGUGUUUUGUGGGAAAUCAUCUUAUCGGUAUUUUAGUUUUCUGCGAAACACAAACGCGCUAGGUCACGCUCACCACACAAGCGCUCAGACACUCGAGCGGAAAACAACUCCGAGUACAAAUGUGAAAAGUAAUAAAGUAGAGUACGUGUAAAUCGAACGCAAAAACAAACUUAAACAUUCCCUCGGUUACUCAAUUAGUUACGAAAUAUAAACAGUAUAGUGACAACCCAAGACUCAUUUAAAUAAUAUCGAGCUAGUUUAGAUAUAAUAAUUAGAUAAUUGAUCGGAAAAGCAAAAUAUUUCGGUGCAUAAUUCGUGAAAAUGGUUAUGUCGGAGUUACGUUGGAGCACAGGACCUAAAGACAAUAACAAUUCGUUGAAGCAUGAUCUGUUGAAAACACCGACAAGUGGGCACAUAAUGCAGAAUAGAUAUAUCAGCCGAUUGGCUCGAUCGCCUUCGCCACUGCAAUAUUCUGCGUCCGAUUGUGGGGACAAUAAUUCGGUAGCGGGGAAUUCUAGUGAUCGCUGCUUGUCACCGCAGAGUCCGCCAAUAUUUGCUACGCCACAGGACGAACACCAACAACAUCAGCUGCCAACCCUAAAGUCCCACCUGUUGGAUGUGUUGAACCGAGGCGACACAACGUUGGAGUACAAAUUAGGUGUUGCCAAAGAUGUUGAGCAUAUGAGGGACACAGAGUCCGGUGCGCUUAACUUAACCAGUGAAAGUUCGCGCCAAAGUUUGCAAUCACCGUCACCGUCCUUGAAAUCGUUGCGCGCCGGCCGCUCUACACCUACAACGUCCGCUUGCGAAAGUGCGGCACUCUGUUUUACCAACAACACAUAUCCAAUGCCAAAUAUUUCCUCGCAACAGGCGCAACUCGCUGUGGCGGCGAGUGCAGGCCUGGGCCUUGGCAGUCCGCUGUUUCCCCACGCACUCAACACCUCGAUCUCACCGCAAGACUUUACACAGUUCCAGCAGGCACUGCAACAGCAGCAAACCGCAUUGCAUCAACAAUUUCAGAGCUAUAUAGAGAUUUUGCGCAGCGGUUCGUUAGGCAUAUCGCCAGAUGACCCGAGCAUGGCCACUCAAGUUGCUGCCGCUCAGUUCCUAUUUCACAGCCGUGUGCAGGCGCUCACUCAGGCAACGCAGCAACUGCAGUCUCUUCAGAAGCAGCAGGAAUUGCAGAAACAAUCCCAUCUCCAGCACCAACAACAACAGAGAGAAGAAACUUCAAAAUCUUGUAAUUUGCACACUUCAACGCCGGCCCACACGCCCGUACAAAGUCCCGCGUCAUCUCCACUGCCGCUACAAACGAAUUUUAAUAUGAAUGCGCAUAGUCAAAUAACGCCGCCCAACCCGGGCACUAGUCUGAAAGUGAGUGGGAUUCUUACGCCGAAUACGAUCAGCGGCGCCCCACAAACGCCUCAAAUGCUAAAACAUGCUGGCGCCGCUCAACGCUUGGCUGGGGAACCGUCGCCAGAGGAAACCACAGAUCUCGAAGAGCUUGAACAGUUCGCCAAAACUUUUAAGCAACGUCGCAUCAAAUUGGGCUUCACGCAGGGCGAUGUCGGCCUAGCCAUGGGCAAACUCUACGGCAAUGACUUUUCACAGACGACGAUUUCGCGUUUCGAAGCCUUAAAUCUGAGUUUUAAGAACAUGUGUAAGCUGAAACCACUGCUGCAGAAAUGGCUGGAAGACGCCGAUCGAACGAUACAGGCGACCGGAGGCGUUUUCGACCCAGCUGCAUUGCAAACAGUGAGCACGCCCGAGGUUAUGGGGCGCCGCCGGAAAAAGCGCACUUCAAUCGAAACCUCGAUAAGGGGGGCUCUUGAAAAGGCCUUCAUGAUGAAUCAGAAACCCACAAGCGAGGAGAUCAGCCAAUUGGCCGACCGACUGUGCAUGGAAAAAGAGGUGGUGCGCGUUUGGUUCUGCAACCGACGGCAGAAGGAGAAGCGCAUCAAUCCGUCAAUGGACAGCCCGACCGGGGACCACGGCAGUGAGUCGCCUUACAUGAUGAUGCAGUGAAGCUUUUCUCUCCAUGCAUAAACCAGCAGUAAGACUAUGACUAAGCCUACAACUAUUUCGUAUUAAAUCAGGCCAUCAAAAUAAUGAUCCGGAUAUACACCAUCCCUAUAUACAUACAUACCUCUGAAUGGAUGUGUGUGUAUGUUUAACAAAUUGUCGACAUAUGUAUGCCUGUGGACUCGUAUAUAUGUGAGACGAAGGGUUAAUGUAAAUUGUACGUAUGAGCACACAUAUCUACGCACUAGGCUUAAAGCCUUCCAGGAGAAAGGUCCGCACACAUACACACGCAGAUAUGUAUACGAAUUCCUAAGGUGACUUGCAUCUUGAAUUGGCGCAGGCUUUUAUAUGUGCUUGUGUGCUGUGUUAAAAGCACUUAUUUAACAAUAAAUUAUAUCGGAAUAUUAUAUAAAUUUUAGUGUAUAUAGGCAAUAUGGAUAUUUUAUGAGGAAGCUGAAUAUGUUUUAUUGCUAAAUGAUAGAUCAUAACUAAAGUAUUUUUGUGUGCAACGUUUAUGAGAUAAGUUACUAUUCUAAUAACUGGUGUUUAUUUGUAAAUGUCAACGUUUCUGGUGAAUUUGUGUUAGUUAGGUAAAUAGUAUUAAGAAUAACGGAAUAACCAGGGGUAUUUUGCAACAGUUUCAACACAAACGCACACACACACAAAUAACUGUGUGUGUAAAUCAGUUUUGAAGAACAUAAUAAAACAAAAAGUGAACUUUGUAUGUGAAUACAUAUGUAUGUAUACUAGUAUGUAAUCAUAACUUACAUUGCUAAGAUUGGGAAAACUGUAUUUCACCGAGACAUUUUGUGAAGCAUAAAUCCUGCUUUGAACGGAUAUCAACACAGUCGAGUUUAGUUCAAGAACUAUACCAUAUGCAUUGAACAUAUGUAUAUAUGGUAUAUGUAUGUGUGGAUCGUCUCAUCUAUGUACAAUACGUAUGUAAGAACUUUAGUCUAGAAUAAGUUACUAGCAUUUAGAUUAUAUUUAUUUGUUUUAAUACUGUGAUAAUAAGUAGAGGUUUAUUGAAAAUCUUCAUAAGGAAAAUUCCUGUAUAAAUUCCACGAAGAUAAUUUAUUGCAGUAAAAUAAAAGUAUGA